CAGAGAUUCGAUAUGGUCGAGAGUUAACAAGAGAUUGUCAAUUGAGUAAAGAUGCAGAACAUCAAACUUCUCUGCGUUGGGGACGGAGGCGUUGGGAAGAGUUGCUUGUUCAUUUCCUAUACGACCGGUUCAUUUCCGUCCGAGUAUGUUCCCACCGUGUUUGAUAACUAUUCUGCCUCGAUGAUGGUGGACGGUAAAGCCGUCUCCUUGGGGCUCUGGGAUACAGCGGGGCAGGAAGAUUAUGACCGCUUACGUCCCUUGGCCUAUCCAGGAACAGACGUUUUUCUCAUCUGCUUCGCCAUAGAUAACAGAAACUCCCUCUCAAACGUAGCUGAAAAAUGGCUGCCAGAAUUGGAGCAUUUCGACAAAGCCAAAGUACCAGUUAUACUCGUGGGCUGUAAGAAAGAUUUAAGACUAACAGAACGCAGCGAUGGUCGAAUCGUUACAUACAAGGAAGGGAAAGAAAUGGCGAAUAAAUUAGGUUUGCCCUAUUAUGAGACGAGUGCGUUAACGCAGGAAGGAGUGAAGGAUUGCUUUGACAAUGCUAUUAGAGAGGUGUUGAACCACGACCCCAAGAAGAAAAGGAAGAAAAAGUUGGGUCCCCAGCCUCCUGUGAUGCCUCCAGCUGGCAAAGCUCCCUGGAUUGAGGUGGAGACAUCGGUGUUUGCUGACGAGUUCCACGCCCUAUUAAGAUCACCCCAUCACGCUGAUGUCACUUUUACUGUCGAAGAUGUCCAUUGCAUAGAUGCCCACAAAAUCAUCCUUUCUGGGGCAUCUCUAUUCUUCUCCAGAAUCUUUGGCAUCUCGGCCUCUGUGAAGAGUAACCAACUACAGGAGAUCAAAGCUGGCUAUAACUUCACACUAGAAGACCUGAAUUGUGGGAGGGUCGAAGGUAUAGCCGCAGUAUACGACCGGAAGUCCGACAAUCAGCACGGUCACACCUGUAUUGAGAUCUGCUCAGACAUCAAGGCCGCCACUUUCGUUCACAUCCUGGAGUUUCUUUACACUGGAGUUCCAGAUCUGCCUAGCGACAUUUCAGACGAGGGCAUCAUAGAACUUGCCAGAGUAGCCAACAUUUUCAAGUUGUCUCAGCUGGAAACAAUCUGCUCAAACCUUCAAACCGAGCAAGAGUUCCUUAACCCAAGUAUAGGUACAUUUCUGAACGACGAGACGGGACAGAGGAUGAAGGAGCUUUUCCUGAAUCAGUCCUCACUAGCAGACGUUAUCUUUGAAUUUGAAGGUGAUCAGAUUUACGCCCACCGUGCAAUCCUCGCCGCCAGAUGUGAGGUGAUGUCCGCUAUGUUCAGUGGUCGAUUCUCAGAAACUGCUCAGGAUGUCUGCAAGAUAAGCCUAACGGAUAUCAGUAUGGAGGGUUUUCUUGCGUUCUUGGAGUAUUUGUACACGGAUCAUUCCCCAGUUGAAGACAGCGAUGCAUUGGAACUACUUGCCUUAGCGGACGAAUAUGGUCAACCACGUCUAGUUAAUUUGUGUGAACUAUACAUUAGCAAAGAGGUGGAUAAAAAGUGUAUCCAAAACAUAGAGAAGGCUGACAUUGAUGUUAUUGGCUUGCUCAACUUUUCCGAUAUGCAUAACGCUAGUCAGCUGUCUAAAUGGUGCCUUCAUUUCAUCGCUUCAAACUACGAACCCUUUAUGAAUCGACCGGAGUGGAAGCAUCUGACCGGAGAAAACAAAAAGCACGUAGAGAAGGAAAGAUGGCCGCCUCUUUCUUACAUAGAGGACGUGAAACAGUACGAGAAACUGAUAGCGCAGAAAGGAGAAAAAUGCUCUGUAAUGUAGAUUUAAUACGGCAG